AUGCUCAAACCGCGAUUGAUCGUACAAGCGUUAUGUCAGAGUGUUUCGGCAGUAUCUGCGUCCAUUUCAAAACGGCCAUUGCUUCCGAAAAAGCCAAAGUCGUUGGGAGAGGCUGGUACAUUCGUUGACUAUCGUCGUGUUAAGUGUAUUGCUGGUAAUGGAGGCGAUGGUAUGGUGUCUUUCUUCAGAGGCUACCGUAAUCCAUUCGGUGGACCGGAUGGUGGUGAUGGAGGGAACGGCGGUCACGUCUUAUUCAAGGCUUCCACGAAGACCAAAGAUUUAUCACAUUUACGAUCAGUAGAACGAGCAGAACGCGGUGAAUUUGGAGGAUCAAAAUCAUGCCAUGGAAAAUCUGCAGAGCACUUAGAAAUACCAGUACCUGUUGGGACGCUUUUCAAAAACGAUGGCAGAGUUGUAUAUGAGUUAGCGAAAGAAGGUGAGGUCUUUCUUGGUGCUCGAGGAGGCGCUGGUGGGCAUGGUAAUCAAUUUUAUGUUUCCAAUGAGAUUCGGAAGCCGUUCAAAGCGGAAGUUGGCGGUCGCGGCGAAGAAAUAGUUUACGAUGUGGAAAUGCGGGUAAUGGCCACGGCGGGUUUGAUAGGUUUUCCAAAUGCGGGAAAAUCUUCCCCAAGUCCUCGUGAAUUCAACACUAAAGCGCAUAUUAGAUCUUUGCUUCGAGCAAUCUCAAGAGCAAAACCAAAAGUAGCUUCUUAUCCAUUCACUACGCUAAAACCUCAUGUUGGAAUGGUUUUGUACGAGGACUAUGAACAGAUAGCAGUAGCUGAUAUCCCCGGUCUUAUUGAAGGAGCACAUGAAGAUCGAGGACUAGGAGUUUCUUUUUUGAAGCACAUCGAAAGAUGCAGAUGCCUGUUCUUCGUGCUUGACGUAACGCUUGGCGAUUUCCGAGAACAGUUCGAUCUACUAAGAGUAGAAUUAGAGGAGUACAAAGAGGGGCUGUCGUCUCGACCUACAGCCAUAGUAUUCAAUAAGAUUGAUCUUGAUCCAUCGCAGGACAACAACAAAAACCGGCUCCUUUUUCAAGAAUAUCCAACAUUUUUCGUGUCAGCAAAAGCUGGUAUAGGCCUCGAAGAUUUGCUUGUCUACUUGAGAGAAGAGUACGAUAAAGCUUUAGAUUUAGGUAAAUAAA